ACUUAGACUUAAGUUUAGUGUCACACCCCCAUUCAAAACUCCACAUACUCGAAAAAAACAUAUAAAAAAAACCACAACAAUAUAAAACACACAAAAAAACACUGACAAAUGGCUGCGAAACGACCCCGCGAUGCGGACUUCUUCAAGCACAAGAAGGUACUGCGGGUCCGUUUCAAGAAACUGGUCCGCGCGGUCAUUUUGAACCAGGCAUGGCUCUCCUACUCCGAGGAGCAGGGCAUCUCCAUGAAUGUCAAAAAGAACGUGGCCUUAUUUCGGCAAAAGCGUAAGCCGGGCAUGCUGACCAUGGCCGAGAAGGCUUUAAUGCGAUCAAAUCCCCAAUCAAGGACCAUCGAGGAUCGUAAGAAACUUUGCCUGCUUAUAGCAGGGUUGGAUUGCUUUUCCAGAAUUCCGCCGAAAAUUCGGGCUCGCAUGACUCCGGUCCUUGAGUUUAUGUACAUCAAUGAAUCGCGGGUGAUUAUUUUGGAGGGAGACAUGCCCAUUACCGUCUAUUUUAUACUGAACGGCGAGGUCGAAAUGAAAAAGAACGUUUACAAUAAGACUACAAAAGAGUGGACUGAAGUGGCAGAGGCAAUAUUCGGUCCUGGUGACUGUUUCGGAGAUGUCGAGAUGACUGAGGCUUGUCCUAGAAUGAACACCUAUACAGCAUCGUCUGGCUGCGAAUUGCUUGCAAUCAACGAAUUGGAUUAUGAUCGCAUUUUAAAGCCCUUUAUGUUGAAGCAAUGGAACGAAAAAAAGAUGGCAUUGAAGGCCUUCGAUUACUUUAAUUUUUUACCCCAGAACAGGUGUGUCUCUCUGUAACAGCAAGUCCCUAAUUACAUAAUAGAUUCUUAGAUCAUUCUCGCCUGCAAGUAUGGCUUUCUGGCCCAGUACGAACCGUUGGACACCAUUUACUUGGGCGAAACCGGCUCCCUGAGCUACGCGAACUUUGUUCUGAGUGGCGAGUGCGUCAUUUUGCAGUGCCUGAGCAUGAAAGUAGCCAAAAAGGACGGGCAACCAACAUUUGAGCUGACUCCCAUCGACGCGGACACGGAUGCGUUAUCCAUGUUUAAGUCGAUGGACAUAAACAGCCGCCUGAAUUUUCCGAACAUAGCGGACCUUUUGGCCUCGUCAUCCUCCUCCUCCUCCGAUCAGAGUGCCGGCAAGAAAAAGAAAAAGACGAUGCGCAAUAUGAAUCUGCAAGAUAUAGAAAAGUUCUGUGGAAUUGGUAAUGCAGCGCAUAAGCGAAAGGCACGGGAGAAGCGACCAUUAACUGCAGCUGCGCAGGCCAGGAAAACGAUGAGGAUAGAGAUCCUGCGAAGGGGCACACCAUUCGAUCUAAGUCUUCAGACCAGAGAUGAGAAUUCCGAGGAGGAAGAGCAGGACCCCGAUUUCUAUGAUGACGAGGAUAUGUCCGAUUUAGACUCCAGUAUCUCCUCGUACGAACUGGUCAUCGAGCCAAAUUUGGUGCAACUCCAGUUGGGCCGUGUCGAAAGUGAAGACUUACCGAAAAGAAAGUCAAGUGCUUCUUCAGAAAUUUUCAGUGCUACGUCCGUGAACAUUGAGGAAAUUCAUAGCAUUGAGUCAGCACAUUCUGUUCACAAGGAUCCUAUCGAGACCCACUUCAUAGACGUGGGCUCCCUAUCAUAUGGCAGUAUCUUUGGUCUGGGCGAGAAAAUGGAACAUCGCGUGAUCAUGGCGCGGACUGUAGUACAGUGUCUACUCCUGCCGCGCUACUGGCUGCUAAAGGAGGAGCAGAACCCGGGCAAUGUAUGGAACCGUCGCCGGUUCUACUUUGAAUGCAAUAUACCGUCACGCCAGGAUCUGUUCACCAACUUCCUAAAGACACGGAAAUGGAAUAAGUUCCGGCACGACUAUAUCCAGAGUCUGCUAAACGAUAAGACGACGGCCCAGGUCUCCAAGGAGGAAGAUAUACCGAUUAUGUGUCGCAUUGUAGAGACUAGCGAUGAUACCAUAUAGUGAUUGCUCCAGUAACUCCUAAUUCCAAGUAUCUUCAAGAAUGUUCAGUAAGAGAAUAUGUAAACUAUAAAUUCGAACGGUUAACUAGAAAAAACGAUGUUUAUAAACUAUACAAAAUAUAUAUUUCCCUUCUGACAAGAUUA